AUUCGGUAGUGGCAAAUUCAUAAUAAACUCUCAAACCCAGUGGCGUUUCUGUAUUCUGCUCCGCUUAUAAUCCCUAAACCUGCCUUAACCUGUUUCUCUCCUUCAACUGUGAGAGACUUGGAAGAAAGAGAAGAGACCUGAGAAAGAAAAUGGGAACCUCAAACAAACCCUUCGCAUCCGUCCUGCUGAUUUGCGCGAUCCUCGCUGUCCUCGUGUCUCUGUCGGCGUCAUCUUCGGUCGUUGGAUUCGUCGGGGACCAUCACCAGAUGGGGUUUUUCCCGAUGCAAUCGGGAUGCAGCGGAUCGAUCGCAGAGUGCUUCGGAAAUGGCAGCGGCGAACUGUUCGACGAUGAGGUCGAGUUCCAGAUGACCUCGGAGAGCACGCGGCGCAUCUUAGCCACCACAAGGUACAUAAGCUACGGUGCGCUUAGGAGAAACAGUGUGCCUUGCUCCCGGCGAGGCGCCUCGUACUACAACUGCCGGCCUGGAGGUCAGGCCAACCCCUACACUCGCGGGUGCAGUGCUAUUACUCGAUGCAGACGUUGAUUUAUAAUUUUUAUUAUUUUUUAAAAUAAAUAUUCUCAGUUUUUUUUUAAUUCUCUUUAAUUAUUAUUUCAAGUUUUUUUUUUUUUUUUAAUAUUCCAGAAUUAAUUGAUAUUUUUUCUAUAUGUAUGUUUGAUGGUAAUGCUGGUAUUAUCUGUGUUAUUGUAAUUUUUAUACAUAUAAGGAGGAAGACAUUGAAAUAAGUC